AUGACGAACCGCGACGGCCUCUCGUCUGACGUUGAGGAGCACCUGGACCGCCUCCAGCAGGCGGCUCUCGCCCGUACCACAUGCAUGUCUGUGUGGCGGGCGGGCACCGUGCGGGCCUGGCUGGAGGUGGUCAUGGGAAUGCCCGUCAACACGUUGCCUUGCUUGGAAAAUGUCAAAAGUGGGGAGGUUCUUCUCAGAUUGACUGAUGUGGAUUUAGAGAUGGGUCUCGGAAUAUAUAACCCAAUUCAUCGCAGGAAACUAAGAUUGGCCAUCGAGGACUUCAGAAGAGCUGAAGGGGACCAAAGGUGAGCAAGGGAAAUUUAUUUACCCCACUAUAUCACUGAUUUAUUUGAAGUCUUC